AAGACCUAGUCAAACCUACUGCUUUCCACCUGCCAUACGCUUUGGAACUCCAAUCAUCACUUUGUGUGCAUAUUCCACUGAAAGUGAGGGGAGGGAGGGAGAAGCCAAAAAGAAAAAAAAAAGAAAAUUCCGAAAAGGGAAAUAUCAGAGGAUUCGACCGCUAUGAUCUGGCCGCAAACCCACAUCGCCCUUUUUGGGUGUCAACGGAAAGAAAGCACGAAGCAUGGCACUUGGAGAAUCCAGCUAUCCAUUUCAUUCAUCUGCCCAGGGCAUUCCCUUCUUUUGUCUUGUUCCAUACAACAUCCCAUCCCACCCACCGUCCCGCAUCCCAUCCGCAAAUCCUAUACAUAACGCAGACCAAGACGCGAAUCGCUAACAAAACCACCCAGAUACCCCAUAUUCAUCUACCCAUCACCCUCUGAAAUAGAGUGAAAGCUUUGUGAAGCACAAAAAAGAAGCGAAAGGCCGACCCCCCCGCAAAAAAUGGCUUCUCCCAUCACCCUCCCCGCCGACACGAUCGACGACCUCAUCUACGACGCCCGCUCCGGCGACCUGGCCGCUCUCAAGGAGGACCUGACGGCCAGCAGCGCCCAGUUUCCGGGCGUCUCGCCGGGCGCGCUCGUGGCGGCGGCCAUCGACGCCGCGCCGGAGGCCGAGGGAGGCAGCGGAUCCAGCCUGUUGCAUUUCCCGGCCGCGAAUGGGAAUCUCGAAAUCCUCAACUACCUCCUCACCCUCCUCGCGACGGAGGACGAGGCCACGCGCCGCCGCAUCGUCAACCACCGCAACCACUCCGGCAACACGCCGCUGCACUGGGCGGCGCUGAACACGCACCUGGACUGCGUCAAGGCGCUCGUCGAGGCCGGCGCCGACAGCUCGGUCAAGAACGCCGCUGGCCUUGAUCCUGUCUUCCUGGCUGAGCGCGCGGACUGGUCGACGCAGGAGGAUGGUGCUGCUCCCGCUGCUGAGGCUGAGGCUGCCGAGGCUGAGGCCGACUCCAAUGCGGCGGCGGCGGCAGAUCCCGGUACCAUGUCCAAGGGACGACAGGUCGUCGAGUGGAUGUUGAGCGCCGAGGUGGCGGCUGCCGGCGGGGAUUCGGAGACGGUGGUGGCCUCGGCGGGGGUGCCGGUUACUGGGGAUGGGGAUGAGUAA